CUUGUCUCUUGCCACCGUCGCCAACCUACGCCUCGAGUUCCACCACAAAAUGUCCACCCUCCACCUCUCCCGCAGAAUCCUAUGCCGCGCACCUAUAAGGCGGGCCGUGCCCAGCCAGCGCCUAUUUUCGACUACUUUCAUGGCUGCUCAACAACACCGCAUUGAAAGGGAUACGUUCGGCGAGCUCCAGGUACCCUCGGACCGGUACUGGGGCGCGCAGACCCAGCGCUCUUUGCAGAACUUUGACAUUGGUGGUCCCACCGAGCGCCUCCCACCGCCCCUCAUCAAGGCCUUUGGUGUCCUGAAGAAGGCGGCGGCGACUGUGAACAUGACCUAUGGCAUGGACCCCAAGCUCGGGAAGGCCAUCCAGCAGGCGGCGGAUGAUGUCAUCUCGGGGAAGCUGAUCGACCACUUCCCCCUCGUCGUGUUCCAGACUGGUAGCGGUACGCAGUCGAACAUGAACGCGAAUGAGGUCAUCUCGAACCGCGCCAUCGAGAUCCUCGGUGGCGAGCUUGGAUCCAAGAAGCCCGUCCACCCUAAUGACCAUGUCAACAUGAGCCAGAGCAGCAACGACACCUUCCCCACCGUCAUGCACAUCGCUGCCGUCACCGAGAUCACCAACAACCUCCUCCCCGCCCUGACUGAGCUGCGCGACGCGCUCGACCAGAAGGCCAAUGCCUUCGAGAAGAUCAUCAAGAUCGGCCGCACACACUUGCAGGACGCGACGCCCUUGACGCUCGGGCAGGAGUUCAGCGGCUACGUGCAGCAGCUCACCUUCGGGAUUGAGCGUAUCAAGGGCACGCUGCCGCGCUUGAGCUUGUUGGCGCAGGGUGGUACUGCUGUUGGGACGGGGUUGAACACGAAGAGGGGCUUUGAUGCUUUGGUCGCUGCGGAGGUGUCGAAGUUGACGGGGAUUGAGUUCAAGACGGCGCCGAACAAGUUUGAAGCCCUUGCCGCUCAUGAUGCACUCGUUGAGGCGCACGGCGCAUUGAACACGGUCGCUGUCUCGUUGAUGAAGAUCGCCAACGACAUCCGUUUCCUGGGCUCUGGCCCUCGUUGUGGUCUCGGCGAGCUUGCCCUGCCGGAGAACGAGCCGGGUAGCUCUAUCAUGCCUGGCAAGGUUAACCCGACCCAGUGCGAGGCGUUGACGAUGGUCGCUGCCCAGGUCAUGGGUAACAACACGACCGUCAGCAUUGCAGGCUCGAACGGUCACUUUGAGUUGAACGUCUUCAAGCCAGUCAUCAUCAAGAACGUUUUGCAGAGCAUCCGCUUGCUGGCAGAUGGUUCGCGCUCGUUCACCAAGAACUGCGUGGUCGGUAUUCAGGCAAACGAGAAGCGCAUUAGCUCGCUCUUGCAUGAAUCCCUGAUGUUGGCUACGAUUCUCAACAGCCAUCUCGGCUACGACAACGUUGCCAAGUGUGCGAAGAAGGCCCACAAGGAGCACACCACUCUCAAGGAGGCCACCGUUGCGCUGGGCUUCCUCACCCCGGAGGAGUUCGACGAGAAGGUCCGCCCUGAGCUGAUGCUGUACCCCGACGAGCCCUAGAUGGCGUGCCGAGUACGGUGGUGGUAGCGCGGUGACGCGAAGCAGUUUACAUUCCGGCUGUGCGGCGAGCUGCCAACAGAAACGCCGGUGUGAGAAGCAGGAUCUCUACCGUGCGCCUGUUCGUGCAUGUCUUCGGUCUCUGGGAGGAGUGGUGGUCCGUUUUGUACCAUAAUUGCCCAAUUUUACGCAGUUUGGCCAUC